UGUGUGUGUGUGUGUGUGUGUGUGUGAAGCAGCAGCAGCAGCAGGAUCAGAAGAGAACAGUCGCGCGCGCAGAGCAGCACUUACCCUUAUCCCACCGCGUUUUGGUUGCGGUGAGAAAUCAAAGUGGGACAGGAAGAGAACGAGAGGACACAAGUUUGUGUUCGUUUAUUUUUUUCUUUUCUUUUUCUUUUUCCCCCCACCACAAAUACCUUUAUUUCAUUUAUUGCUUGACUCGUGGAGAGCGCAGAGCGCACGAGGACUGAAUGGUUGAUCCCAGCCCUCCAGUGCUGCACCUCCUCUCUGGUGGGAAUGUCAGCAUGGCAGGAGUUGGUGUCAAACUAGAACAGGAGGAGUUCGGCGAGGGAGGCGGAGUCAUUGCGACCAACGCCGAUCCUCCUAAAACAUCUCCUUCACGUGACUGGGCAGGAAAUCAGCCGGUGGAGGCUCGACAGCUGACGCCGCCACUGUCCCGCUCUCCCUCGGAGGGCUCUCCAGGGAAGGACCUGACACACGGGCAGAGCCCCAUGGGACUGAAUCAGAUCAGGACACAUGACCAUCCACAGGGGCAGUCCAGCUUCAAAGAAGUGAUGCCGACCAUUGAGAAGCUGCUGAAUACGGACUGGAAGGAGAAACUCUUGGAUAAAAGCACAGUGGGGGCAGGACAACUCAAAGGAACCCCGGAGUCUCUGGCAGAGAAGGAGCUGCAGCUGCUGAUGAUGAUCAACCAGCUGAGCGGUCUCAGGGAGCAGCUCCUGGGAGCCCACUCUGAGCAGAGGAACAUGGCCGCGCUGCUGCUGGAGAAGCAGCAGCAGCAGAUGGAACUGGCUCGACAGCAGCAAGAACAGAUUGCCAAACAGCAGCAGCAGCUGAUCCAGCAGCAGCACAAGAUAAACCUGCUCCAGCAGCAGAUCCAGCAGGUGAACAUGCCCUACGUGAUGAUCCCGGCCUUCCACCACAGCACACAGCCUCUCCCCGUCACCUCUGACCCCCAGAUGACCCUGCCACUGCAACCAAUCCCCUGCAAGCCAGCAGUGGACUAUCCCAUGCAGCUGCUCCCAAGCCCUCAUCCCACCCCCGUCAAGAGGAGCGGUGGUUCCUUCCGGCAGGAAGCGAGUCAACCCUUGAACCUGACCUCGAAGCCAAAGGGGCUGGAGCUGGGGAAAACACCCAGUCCACAGAGUCUGGAGAUGGGGACCCUGGCACUGCAGGGAGCCUACAGACCCAGAGACCUGCAGAGGGACGUGUCCCACAGUCCACCACGAUCGGCCCUCAGUUUCCUCGGCGACGGCGAUGUGGUCAGCCAGGCCAUCCAUGAUGCCCAACAACUCCUGAAGAACCACAGCAGCGGAGGGCGGGAGAGGGAGAGAGGGCGGGAGAGAGACAGCGCUGGAAAGAUGGAAUAUAAAGGCUCUCCUCACAGCGAGAGAAUCUCUCACUCUGAGCGGGGUGAAGACAGACAUGAGGACCAUCUCAGCAGUGACUCUGAGGGUGCUCUCCCCGUCACCGUGCCAGGCAGCUACUCAGAGGCUCGGCCCCCUCCCUCCUCGGGCCACAUUAAGAGGCCGAUGAAUGCCUUCAUGGUUUGGGCCAAGGACGAGCGCAGGAGGAUCCUGCAGGCUUUCCCUGACAUGCACAACUCCUCCAUCAGCAAGAUCCUGGGUUCCAGGUGGAAGUCUAUGUCCAACCAGGAGAAGCAGCCGUACUAUGAGGAGCAGGCGAGGCUGAGCCGGCAGCACCUGGAGCGUUACCCCGACUACAAGUACAAACCGCGACCCAAGCGGACCUGCAUUGUGGAGGGACGGAGGCUCAGGGUGGGCGAGUACAAGGCCAUGAUGAAGAGCCGCCGGCAGGAGCAGAGAGCCACAUACACACACAGUCAGUCAGAACCUCAGCAGAUCCACUACUCCCACAGCGAGGGCCAGUACCCCGGCGCCGCUGGCUCGGUCUCCAUGGCAACCAUGCCCUUUCACCCCGCGCUGCUGGAGCAUUACCUGCCGCAGGUGCCGCCCGCCCCACAUCGAGUGGAGAGCCACGCCACGCCCACCGCCCUGCCCAGGGAGCGAGAGAGGGAGCGAGAGAGGGAGCGGGAGAGGGAGCGAGAGAGGGAGCGCGAGAGGGAGCGAGAGAGGGAGCGCGAGAGGGAGCGGCCUCUGUACAGUGAAGGAGAGGAAAGUGACGGAGGAGAGAGGAGUGAGGGAGAACUGGUGCUCCUGACAGACUGAAGGGGGCGGGCUUGCUUUUGUUUGUUUGUUUGUUUGUAAAAAAAAAGAGGCAGGAAGAGACGCUGUUUCUUAAACGACUCAGAGGAUGAUGAUGAUGAUGAUGAUGAUGAUGAACCAUGGCCACACACACACACACACACGCACACACACUGCUCUUAGCUAGAUAAAGUUUAAACGCAGUUCUAUCAUUUUAUUUACAGGUGUCACAGUCACUUCCUUCUCUCUGGUUUCAUGUGGUUGUCAGUGUGUCACUACCGCCUCCUGCUGGUACUUAUGGGUUAUUGUAGCACACAGACAGAAAGCAUGAGGAUGAUGAUGAUGUGAGCUGUUCCAUGGGACUUUAACCUUUAAAGUCAAAUUACUGAUUACUGCACCUUUAAUCCUCAACGUUUCCACGGCAAAUAGACGACUAUUUAAAUAAUGCAGUCUGAAUACCAGAGAAAUACCAGUUUUCAGUCUCAUCCAAACAGUGUACAGUGAUUCUGUAUAACAUAGUGUGUUGUUUUAUACAUCACUCUUUUGCUGUUUAUAUUGUCUUUUUUUUGCACUUCCUGUCUAUGUAUGAAACAGUUUUUUUUGUGUUUUUUUCUCCUCCAUUACGGCAGAAAAUACAGAAACAUUUCGUUUUGAUGUCAUUUUCUUGGCCCUCUUGCAUCAGGUCUUGUUCCUGAAGAUAUUUAUUUAAUUUUCCAUAUUUUUAUUUCUAAUUUUCCCUGAAGCUGCACUGGAAUUGGUGUCAUACUCGUGACGGUCAUUGUGUUUCACCGCUGUCUCCUCGUUCCCAUUUCAUCAAACCACCUCAUUCAUUCAUUUUACAUCACAGCACAUGGGCGCGUAGUGGUGUUUAAAAUCCGCAGUGACACAAACUGACCACACGAGGCAGCAGCAGACCAGCAGCUCCUGUGACCCUGUGGUUUCCAGUCAGAAGAGGCGUUUUUUUUGUGGCUAAAAUCAGUUUUUCCGCAGCUGUGUUGCUACUGACAACCAUGUUGUUAGUGAGAGUGAGUAGCUGUGUGUCAGUACCUCAUACAACCACACACGUCAAACAGCAGUUCAAACAGAAACAUACUGUUACCUCAUUCCUGUCCCCUCCUCGGUAUGUUUAGCUAAUAGCAUGUCGCUAUUAGCAUGUGCUAAUGUGUGGCUAAAACGUCUGGACACAUUUGGUGUCUCGGUUUCCUUCAAUCAAUGAGUAUAGGGACAGUUUAGCCUCAAGGCCCAUUUAUACUCCACUUUCUUCAGUUUUACGUCCGUCCCAAACAUUUUCUCUGUCUCUCCCCGACAUACUGUACGUCUGUAUGGCUGUUAGCCGAGUUGCAUGGCGAUGGCCAUUAAAGAGGUUAUUUUAUUGUGCGGAAUCUCAAAAUAGACAGAAACGCAAGCGGAGUCUGCGACAGUGGACAGAGGCUUCACAACUGUAAAAUGCCCCUCUAAACUCUUCUUUGUUGUUCUCCUGACUCGACUCUCGUCUCUAUACUGCCCCCACUGUUUCCGCUGGCAUUGCUCCGUGCGUUUAGUCCGUGAUCGUAAGCUCUUUAGCGACAAAAGACUCCGUCUGUCCCCGUCUUCUGUGUGGAGUAUAAAUGAGCCUUUAAACAACGCUGGGCUCAAUCCACCUUUGCUAAGGUUGACUAAUCAAAAUAUGAAGUCAAGAUGCUGGCCGUUGUGUACAGAGAUGUUAUUUUGGUGGAGACGUGCUGUGGCGCCUCCUGCUGUUGGACCUGCUGUUGUACAUAUAGAAAAAGACUAUUUUGUUAAUAAGAGCUUGUGUAAUUUAAAGGUGUACAUUUCUCUAUGUUUUCAAAGUUGUGUGUGUUUUUCUUGAAAGAUAAUAAAUUGGUUGUGUUA